AUAACUCCAUAUAGACUGUUGUGAUUCAGAAACACAAACAUUUCUAUUGAUAAGACUUUUCCCCCUAAAUUGGUGGAUCGUACAUAGUAAAGUUCUGAGCAAAUAUACAGUCUUGAUUUACAUGUUGCGUGUUUGGAAACAAUGAAUUUUACUUAAAACUAUGCAAAACAGCACUUUAUACUAUAUGAAAACAUUAGUUUCUAGGUUCAGAUCAUCAUAAACUGAUUUUUCUACUACAUGAAUGGGCAUUGGGAAGUCACACAGGAUGCUGAACUAUGUUUCUUCACCUACUGUGGCUCCUUGUUGAAGAAGAAUAUCCUCUGUUAUGGUUCCACCAGACCCCACAGCUUUCCAAGCUUAUGCGAAAUUUCGAGUUGGCUGCUCUCUGCUGGGUGGACAUUGGACAGAGGAACCCAACUUCCACAUCGCUUAGGUCGCUCCGGACUCCAAUCUGCAUCAGAAAAACUUUUGAAUCAGGUUCUGCCCUGUCGGACUGUCACUGUGUCCCUAAGGGCCCCGAGAAAAGGCAUCUCCUCCUCUGGAGAGAUUCUCAGACUGAUUUUCACUACUCGGGAAUGUGGACCCGGGAUGACACGUCAAGAACGAAAAAGGUAUGUGCUGUCCAGGUGAAAAACACUGGUAAGAUGUAUGCCUGUAAGAAGCUGGACAAGAAGCGGCUGAAGAAGAAAAAUGGUGAGAAAAUGGCUCUGUUGGAAAAGGAGAUCUUGGAGAGGAUCAGCAGCCCUUUCAUUGUCUCCCUGGCCUACGCCUUUGAGAGCAAGUCCCACCUCUGCCUGGUCAUGAGCCUGAUGAACGGGGGAGACCUCAAGUUCCACAUCUACAGCGUGGGCACCCGCGGCCUGGCCAUGAGCAGGGUGGUCUUCUACUCGGCCCAGAUGACCUGCGGGCUGCUGCACCUGCACUCUCUCGGCAUCGUCUACCGGGACCUGAAGCCUGAGAACGUGCUCCUGGACGACGUUGGCAACUGCAGGCUGUCCGACCUGGGGCUGGCCAUGCAGAUCCAGGAUGGCAGGCCUGUCACCCAGAAGGCUGGAACCAAUGGUUAUAUGGCGCCUGAAAUCCUAAUGGAAAAAGUGAGUUACUCCUAUCCCGUGGACUGGUUUGCAAUGGGAUGCAGUAUUUAUGAAAUGGUUGCUGGAAGAACACCAUUCAAAGAUUACAAGGAAAAAAUCAGUAAAGAGGAUUUAAAGCAAAGAACCCUGAAAGAAGAGGUCACAUUCCAACAUGAUAACUUCACAGAGGAAGCCAAAGAUAUUUGCAGACUCUUCUUGGCUAAGAAACCAGAGCAACGCUUAGGAAGCAGGGAAAUAGAGGUCAGAAUGGUGGAUCCCCGCGAGGGCGUACUUACUGGGAUGGGGCCUGGGGAAGCCUUCAAGAUGCUGGAAGUGUUCAACGUCUUGAUCUGGAUGGCAAUACACAGAAUAGCGCUGUUCCAGGGCCUGGGAACCCUCGGCUGGAUCCCUCCAUCUGGCUGGCAGGUAAUGAAUGAGCGAGAGCAGGCGGAGGGCUGCACAGCAGCUUCCAUAUUCCUUUGCAUAGAAGUCAGUCCCGACGUCACACCUAAGGACAAAGGAGGGGAGACACAGUCUGCCCAGAAGGGGAGCAAACAGACCUGCUCCCUUGCCCCACCCUUCUUCCUAUAAAACCUUCCAUUUUGUAAAGCCCUUGGAGCGCCCAUCUGAUGGGAUGCUGCCCAAUUCACCAAUUGCUUGACCAAGCCAAUCAGGUCUUCGCACUCAGUUGAAUUUUGUUUUUCUCGCGGUUAAGUGUUUAGCAUGUAGAACUGACUAUUAAAUGGUUUCCUAGCAUUGUACUAACGCUGCCCCGUUCUCCUUUGUUUAUAUCUUCUCCCUUUGUGAAUUUACUUCCCUUUGUGUGUGCCCUGAUCUGGCCUGGCCCUCAGAUAAAUGAAAGCAAUCUCUU